UGCUGCACGUUUCAUUAGCAUUUUCCAACAUGUCAAGCAGUGCGAGAAGUUGGGAAUCAAGAAUGUUUUCACACGCACGGUCAUUUUAUAUUAAGCAGACUUAGAAAUCCUCUGUUCUUCGUUUCUCGUGCACUUAGUCUGAUAAAUCUUUAUUGUCGUGAAGGAGUUGCUUUUUUAGCGGGCAUUUUUAUUUUGCUGCUGCUAAGUAUGUUCAUCAUCGGUCUGCUGAACUGGUAUUUUUACUAAAGAAAUGUGCUGCACAUAUGAUAAGUCGCUUUUGCUACAUUAAUACGUAACGUCUUUUUUUUCUGACAGAGUGCUCUCGCUGCUGCUGCUGCUGCUGCUGCAUAUGGAUGCCAAGCCAUUCGCCCCUGAGGAGGCUCGGGAGAUAGUGGAGUCACUUCAGCAACCUGCAGUCUUCCUCAACAUGACCCAUGACUGGACAGGCCUCCAGUGGACUGUGGAACACCUGGCGACUGUGCUGGGAGAAAAAAUGCUCCGGUUUCGCAUUGGCGAACAGACUAAAAAGAACACUCCACAGUUUGAAACCCAGUGUUCCUAUGUAGAAGCCACGAUGUGGGACUUCUUGUGCUGGACCAAAGGUCAAAGAGGUGCCUCUCCGAAUCCAUUCUGUGACUACCCUGUCUCAGAGUUCUGGGCCUAUGCAGACUACAAGUACAUUGCAGUACUGUUCCAGGACAAGGCCUCCAUGUUCAAGAAUAUAACUUGGUCAGACUUUGGGUACCCAGGCCGAAAUGGCCGCGAGAGUACCUUAUGGGUUGGUACAGAUGGAGCCAACACACCAUGCCACCAGGACUCUUAUGGGUGUAAUCUGGUUUUACAAGUACAAGGCAGAAAAAAGUGGCACCUUUUCCCUCCUGGAGACACAGCGUGCCUGUACCCUACCAGGAUUCCCUAUGAGGAGUCCAGCGUCUUCAGCCAGGUGAACGUCGUGUGGCCAGACCUCCAGCGCUUCCCUGCUUUUUCUGCAGCCAAGAGGCACGUAGUCACCCUGCACCCAGGACAAGUGCUGUUUGUCCCCAGACACUGGUGGCACUACGUGGAAUCAGUUGACCCUCUGACUGUCAGUGUCAACUCCUGGAUCGAGAUGGAAGCUGAUGAUGAGGCCAGAGUUGGAGAAGCCCUGACCAAAACCAUUGUGUGUGCUCUCAAAACCACAGCCAGCCAUGACAACAAGGAUGAGUGGCUGAAUCCCACUGAGGUUGAAGUCUCCUCGCAUGAGGAGAACCUGCAGUAUCUCAGCCUGGCUGUGCAAAUGUGCUCUAAGAAGAGGAGAGAACAGCACUGCAGUCACCCCCCUUCCCACAACUACAUCAACCCUCCGUCAUGGAAACGAGAUGCUAGGGGACAUCCCAAACAGAGCACAAGCACCACGGUGGAACAAGAGGGUUACACGUCUGCUAUUCCUUUCGGGCCCAACCUUGUCCCUGUGGCUCUGGACCCAGACUACCAAACCACCUCUUGCUCCUUUUUCAGUGAGCUCAGUGCAGGUGUCAUGAAAGGUAUGGAAGCACCAUCACAGCAAAGGGCUGGAGAGACAGACACAGGGAGAGACGGAAACGCUGAGAGCCCUGGGCACAAAGCCCUUUCAAACAAUGACCUGCUGGAGGCCCUGCUUCACCCGAAAGUCAUCGCUCUUGUGACAAAGCUCCUACUUGACAGACAGAAGGACUGAUGCGCAUAACAUAACAGCACAAGCAUUCAUCUGGUCAUUGAUUAGAUUCAUGAGUUUGGCCACCUGUAGUUUGGAGGUUCAAAAUUUGUAAACUGUACUCAGGUAAAGCUGCAACUCUGAUGAAAUCAAGUGCUUUCUUUCUUUCUGUCUGUCUGCGUGCUCACUCGGCCAGGUAAAAAUACAUUAAAAUAAAUUCAAAAUUCCAGUAUUACCACUGAGAGACAAGAAUGUAAAAAAUGCUAAGAAAUGACAUUAUUUCCAGGUUCAAAAUUCAUAAAGUACUGAAACUAUUUUGAUGUCAGGGAAUUCUACAGGUAUUUUGCAUUUACUACAUGAAAAAAAGAAAUUUCUAACCUAUACGUUUUUAGAAUCAUACCAAUGACUGUAUCUUAUGAGUAGUAAUUCCACAUCUGCCUGCUUGGUGGUC